UUGAGGUGGGGCAGCCUUGGCCUGAAGCUGUGGCAGCCUUUGGGCAGCGCUGGUGGAGAGAAAGUUUUUUGGGCUCCCUGGAGUUUUCCAUUGAUUCUGAGUGAGUCCAAAGAAGAUUUGGCUCAUUCUUGAAGUUACCCUGGACCAUAACCAUGACAACCACAGACCAAAGUCACCAAAAAUCAGGGAGGGUACAGAUCAUUUGGACCUUCCCUGCGAGCCUUUUCUUGUUGCCCAAAUGCUGCCUGGCACAGUCGCACGGAUCAGACCUCGGGGUCAGUAGGGAAACUUCUGUGCAGGUGAGAGUUGACUUCUGAAUAGGAAUACAUAUGAUUACCUUUUAAGAGGAGAAGCGAUGCAAAGAGGUAGAAUUAUUCUUCCAUUUUGUGUGCAAUUUUAGAUCCAAGGACCAUAGCUCUCUAUUUUCUGAAACAUUUUCCUUCUAUACUUUACCUCUCAGAAACCUGUCUGCCUUGUUUGCUAGCUCUGUUUUGGCUGUUAGGUGAUGUCUUGAGCCUGAGUUACUUCAUCUUUAAAAUGAAAUGAAAGAUAAGCCCUGCCCUGUCUGUGUCAUUGGAUUGUUGUGAGGUUCAAAUGAUUUAUGACUGGGUGAAAGCACUUGGCAAAUCCUAAAGGUAUGUCUAAGUGACAGGUACUACUCUCAUUGAAAAGAUAUGUGGAAGAAAAAUCUGACAUACAGAAUCAGUUUGUUUCAUUGUAUAACAAAGCUUACUUGAAGGCCUCUUUUCCCUGUCACUGUUCAUUGUGUGCUGAAUGCCCUCCAGACUUACCCAGGUAGAAGCCGUCUUCUGUUGAAUGAUAGAAAAUGCCAUCUGUUUCCCUUCUAUGCAUUAUAAAGCUGUAAGGCCUUGUGUGGGGGUCUGGUGCUGGGAGUGGGUAAAAUGCCUAUUCUUAGUAUCCUUUUUAGUUCUUUCCCUCAUUGAGGGAAAGGUGGAAAUAAACAUUCCUGUUAUGAAUUCCCACGUGUAUUACCAUGAACCAUAUCCAUAACGGAGGAGAGGCCCUGUCUCUCCAUCACGAAGGCUGGACCUAACCCGGGCACUGUAGAGAAGACAGUGGAGAGCUGGGUCUGGCACCUCCAGCCCUUGAAGCUCACGUCAUCCCAGUUGCAUUAGUUUGUGCUCAUAUUUAAACUGUAGUUAGAUUGUGAAGUGUGGGUGAGUGUGCAUGUGUGUGCGUGAGUCUCUUAGGCCCGUGUUCCUUAAGCCUUGGGCAUCGUCUGUGGCCGCCUAUAAUCUUUGUUCUUCAGGUUGUGCUCAUGCCGCUCACUCAAGUGGAGCUGCUCAGACCCUGUUCCCCUAGUGAAGUCUCUCCCAAGCAAUUCUAAAGGCAUAGAAGAGUGAAACAGAGGAUAUAGAGAUUGAAGUGAGGCCUGUUUAUUUUUGUCUUUAGAAGAAAAGUUUUACCUUUUAGAAUGCCACAUAUUCACGUGGAUUAUGUGACUUUGAUGAAUUUAGAUUUGGUUUAUAAUUUUACUUCUGCAUCUAGAAUCCAGGGGUGAUGGGGAAGACAGAAGCCUUCCCUUGUCCCGGUCGGCGUCCUUGACCAGGCGGUUCACGGGUGUCCUUGGCGGGCCAGGCAUUUUCAGACGUCCCCUUUGCCACUGCCCUUCCCCCUUACUGCUGGCUUUUGUGACUUGAGUCUUUAAGUACACGGUAUGAUCCUGUACCAGACUUUUUAAAAAAUUCAGUAGAUUUGUAUCUACACUACACAACAUAAUUAGGAAUUGAUUCUUAGUACAAAAGAGUGCCUCGAUUUAAAUAAGGCUUUCUCACAGUUGUUUUAACUAUCAGUCUCCGUAUAAACACAGAAACAAUUGUUUCCAAUUAGACUAUUAACUGCUUUGCAGGAGGUGGGGAGGUUGAUCGAGGAGAGGAAAGUACUUACUGAGAAACUUAAAGAUGUUAAAGUAGGAGUUUCUGAUCUCUUUAAAAACUUAACGUUUAGAUUUAUAAGCAUUUUACCUCAGGAAACCAAAGGGCAGUAAUUUUAUUAACUAUCAUUGGGUUAACUUGAUCUAGCAAGCAACUUUUGAAUAUAGAUUAUAAACAACACAGCUUGUAUGUAGGUUGUAUAAAUAAAAUACGUACAGCUUGACGUGCACUAUUACUGUAUUUGUUAAUAUUAGUAUAAUUUACAAUGACAAUUCCUUAGUGGAUGGGGGUAUGGUUUUAAGUGAAUUGACAUGGUCCUUCGCAUAGUGUUACUUAAAUAUUGUCGGUAGUUAUUAACUACCAUUCUGUAAAUGACAUACCUGAUAAUGUUUAAAAGUAGAUAUUUUAGAGUACGACAAGUUCAUUUGUAAAAAUACACCAAUUCCUCAUUACCCAGGCAGGUCAUAUGGCAUCGUUCCUUAAAAUACUAGCGUUUCUGAUUCAAGGCAGUGCUGAGCCUGCUGAGUAGACACCAUGAGCAAGGCUCAUCCGCCUGAGUUGAAAAAAUUUAUGGACAAGAAGUCAUCAUUGAAAUUAAAGGAUGGCAGACAUGUCCAGGGAAUAUUGCGGGGAUUUGAUCCCUUUAUGAAUCUUAUGGUCAGUGGAUGUGUGGAGAGGGCAACUAGCAGGCAACAGAACAAUAUUGGAAUGGUGAUAAUACAAGGAAGUAGUAUCAUUGUGUUUGAAGCCUUGGAAUGAGAAUAAAUAAUGACUGUGUUCAGCAGAGAAAUCAGUUGCUUCCACAUGUCCCCUCCCAAAGGGCCUUUUUUUACUGUGAUGUAAUAAUUGGGUCAUGUACAUUCUUCAUAUAUUAAAAGUUUUUGUUAAACUUUUGUAAUCAUCAAAAAUGCUUUCUUAGGUGCUCUGAAUAUAAAAAUAGCAUGUUAGCUUUUAUUCUAAUUGCUUCUGAUAAACUUUUCCUGAUGCUUGUUUAAAAAAAAAAAAAAAUACCAGCGUUGCCUAGGUGGCUGGUUCCCAGUGAGUGAAUUGCUCACCUUGAAAUGCUUUCUGUGAUUUUUUUUUAACUAAUUAAAAAAAAAAUAGGCUAGAACUUACUUCUCUUUCUUCUGUUCACACACUGUUCUCCUCCCAUCAGUGAAGCUGUUACCAGAUUCCUCUUUCUAAAAUAAGAUUCUUUUAACCUUACCCCCAUCCCCAUUCAUGGUCUGUUUUUUCAAAAAUUGCUAAUGGUUCCUCUUUUCUGCACUGCUCUCAUUGGUCCUCUUGGAGCCUGGCAUCCAUGGUCUUCAUGUUCUGGUGAUUGUUUGCUUUCUCUUCUGCCACUUUGCCCCACACAUCCUCUGCUUAACCAGGCUGGUUCCCACAUGUAUCGCGCGUUGCCUCCUUUUCUCUUGCCUGCAUUUUCCUCUUUCCUGGAUACUUUGCUUCUUCCUCUUCCCCUUUGGUCUUGUUCCUUCUGAAAAGAAUAGUCUAAAUUCUACUUACUUUACAAAGCCUACCUGGACCCUCUUUAGGCAGGACUUUCUGGAUUAUUUUAUUAUAUUAUCUUAUUUUCCUUUUAUCAUUAUUUUGAUGUAAAUGCCAUGUCUGCCUCCAACUAGAUUACAAGUUCCUU